GAAAAACUUAACCUAAAAAUCUGAUAUCAUUUGCGAUUUGCCUAACCUUAAGUUUUUAAACUUGGUUAAUAUUAAAUCCUUUACAACAUUUUUAGAAGAUGUUAAUUGUUCAGACUUCAAUAAAUGAGCAAAUUUCCCAAAAAUGUAUUAAACGUGAAGAUGUGAUAAGCUUGUUUACAUACUUGGCACAGUUACCUGUUGAAACCCUUACAGAUAUAGAAUCUAUUUCAAAGUUACUAUAUCAUUUGGAACAACAACUUUUUGAUAUAAAUUUUUAUAAUGAAUUUUCUAACAUAUUACAUAACCUCAGAAAUGACAACUACAUCGUCUUAUCGUUGGAUAAAAAAGAAUCUUUUAAAGUUUUUAUACGGGAAAAGUUUCUAUUUAAGAUACUUUUAUUUAUUUCAUUAAAGUACCGAAAAGACGUAUUUACUCAGUCUACAGCUUCAAUCACUUUUCUUCAAUUUAUUUUGGAAGAAAUUCUUGACACAAUUUCUAUUGUCAGACCUCAAUCUUUACAAUUAGUAAAACUACUAGAAAUGAUUUUGAAAAAAAGGGACGAUAUCUUGACUCCCACUUUAUCAUUGUUGGUUUUAAAAAUGAUGUCAAAAGUGGCGUAUUGUCCCCUGAUUGGUUUCAAACAUAACGCUCAAAAUGUCAGUAGAAUUGUAUUAAGGUCAUUGCCGCAUUAUUGUAAGAAUUAUUUGAGCAAUUUUAACAACCUUCCAAUUAAAGGCAUCGAUUUGAACGAUAUUUUAAAAGAAUUCAAACAAAAAGAGGUCCGUCCUUUUUUCGAUUUCAUUAACAAGCAAAUUUUGAAACUAUUUCGUAAUAACACGGAUAGUCGCGACGGCUCGUUUUAUUACGAAAUGAUAACAAGCUUCUGUUCAUUCGAAGAUUUUCAAACGAAAAUAUGGCCAUUUUAUUGCCCUUAUUUCGAAGAAUUUGAGAAUGGGUAAGUUAACAGUUAACACAUCAAAAAAAAAAAACAACAAAAAACAAAACAACAUCUUCCAGGGAGUUUCACCAAAGUUUAUUAAAAUACUGGAUUCCGAUAACUGUCAAACACUACAAAGAUGAGUUUUACAAUUUUAUAAGAAACAAAGAUACUGAUAUUUAUUUUAAAGCUCAUAUUUUAUUAGAGAUAAAAAAGAGAGGUUUUUAUAAGCCAGAGUUUAACCGAGACAUUUUGAAUUUUUUUACUUGGGAAAAAACAAGUUCAGUUGCGCUUCGAAUUAUUUGCACUUUUAUAUCGAAAAAAAAUUAUCCCGAAGAAAGUGUAAUCGAAAUGGUACAGUUUUACCUCAAUAAUUACUCCUCGUUUGAAUUUCCAGUCGACGUCUUAAAAUCGCUAAAAAUAUUUAUUUCGCAAAUAUUUAUAGUCUCUCAUUUAACUCUUGCCAAAACUGACAAAGAUUUAAACCUACAUUCUGAAUUUUUGAAUUUUAUUUACCAGUUUUGUUUAUCUCGGAUUUCUGAUCCAGAAACUUGCGAAGUUUCAGCACAACUUCUGAAAAUCUUAUGGGACAUUGCGUUCGGUUCGUCUGCCGAUUUAGUAACCUGUUACAGAAUUGAUUUGGAUUGUAUUUACAAAGUUGGAGGCAAUUUAUAUUUUAAAAAAUUACAAAGUAGUGGCUUUUGGGAAGCUAGAUUUAAAAACCCGGAAUUGACCAACAAGUUUGCGUUUCUUCUUGAGCAAAAAUUUUUUUUUUGUCCAAAAUUAAGCAAUGUUAUUAAAGAACGUUAUUUUGAUGUUGUAAAUUGUGACUUCGAUUUAGUAACACUUUUGAUUCAAAUAAAUCAGUUAGUUUAUUUGCAAAGUAGUGAAACAAUUCGAUUAUAUACCGAUUUGGUUAUUUCUUAUCGAAAAUUAAAAAACAAAAAUUCAUUUUCAAGUGAAACAGAAAAGUUAUACUCAAUUUUUAAUGACACGAUGGAAAAAUUUGAUUUUGAAAAAAUGUUUACUUCUGUUCUAAUUUUGGACAUGUUUAUUGUAAUUAAAAGCCAUUAUAAUAUCGAACUGGUGCUUGUAAUUGACAGGAGCUUAUGUUUCGUUGCGAAAAUUUUAAAUAAAAAACUUGAUACUAAUUUGAAUCUCAAAGAAAUGAAAAUUUUGGAAGCUUUCAUCAAUAACAUUAUUGAAUGUUUGAUAACAUCAAAGAAUGACUGGCCGAAAUUUAAUAAGGAGAGUAUUUUUAGUAACCUUUCUAAAAUAAUCAUUGAUAGUAACAUGAAGAAACCUGUAUCGUUAUCAGUUGGCGCUAUUCGUACUUUAGGCUCAACUAUGGAAAAUAGUGCGGACAGAGAAAUUAAAAUAAAAUUGUUAGACCGGACAUUGAAGUCGCUUUAUCAUAAUAAACAAACUGGAAAAAUUAGACGAAAUCCGGAAACGAGACUCGUCAUUCACGCUUUAUGUCUUUCGGAUAAGAAUCUAACUAAGCCGUUCUUGGUCUCAUCUUUAAAUUUUCUACUUGAAGUACUUUCUAAUCCAUUAUCGCCUGAUUUCGUUUUAUCCUCAUCUCUACACAGCCUAGAAAUGUUAGUUUCGGAUAAUUCCAUUCACCAAUUUACACUCCCGUUCAUCUCAGUAAUAAUACAAAACUGUAUCCAAAUUUUUAAUAAAACAAACUGGAUAGUGAGAAACGCCAAUUUACAGUUGCUAAAGUCGUUGAUUGAGCGCUUUUUAGGGGUUUCCCUUGACGAAAAUAUUCGACCAAAGACAAUUCAAGACUUAUUUAUUUUAUUUCCAACCCUUGUCCCCUGCUUUUACAAGAUUUUGUGUCAAAAUGAAUUGAGUGAUAGUGCCGUUAUAACGCUUUUGUUUUUCUCAGAAUCGCAAAUUUUAAAUAACUCGUUUAUUGGGGACGCACUUGAGGAUGAUUUUGACAAGUUUAGACAUUUAUUUGUUAAAAUUAUUCAAAAGUAUUCAAACAAUUUAGGUUUUUUGGCAAUUAAGGCAUUUACUUCGUUGUGCGCUUUUAAAAAUAUUUCGGGCGUUUUUUCAGAGAUCAUUUUUUAUAUUCAAAGAAAGUUUGAAAGGAUGCCAAGAAACGUUUUGGCAAAUUUGAUUAAGCUUCUUCAGGAAUUGUAUCAAAAAUACAAAUUAGUGUUAAUUCAAACCGAUGAAAUUAUUAUUAAAAAAGCCUUAGGCAAUUUAACAACUUACUUAAAACAAUUUGAUUCGUUUUAUUUUAAUUUAUUGUCUUUAAGGUUGCAUACAGUUGACGAAAUAUUGGAAGAAAUCGUGAUAUCUCUUAAUAGUGAAAUUAAUUACGAAAAACGCAUUUGGCUAAAUAAUUAUGUACCGUACAUCAUGCGAAAUAUUAAUCAAAACAGAUUGUCGAUUUUUUUGGAAAGAAUUUCUUGUCAAACACCUGAAUUUUUACAAGUUCGUAUAUUAUCAAUUCUAGUUGACCGAAUUAACGAGAUUAACGUUGCACCAAUAAUGAAAAUUCUAAUUUUAAAAUUGAGCAAAUUAUUGGAUUGUAGUAAAUUCCUAAUUAUGUCUUACGCAAAAACCAUUUUAUUGUGUUCAGAGACAGUUCAUGGUCUGAAUUGUGAUAAUUUAAUUACUAGGAUUAGACAGGAUUUUCAAACUGAGUCUAUUUAUAAAAUGUUUAUUUACGUUUUUGUUUUGUCACAUUGCAGCAGUAGGACCAAUAAGGAUUCGCAAUUUUUAACUAAAUGUGUUAAAAAAUAUGUGGACGCAAUAGGGGAUGAUGAAAUUUUAUUUGAUUUAGCCUCAACUCUUAUAUAUUUGUAUAAAAGUAGUUCAAUCGGUGACAGAUAUAAUGUGAUGAAGAUGGCCUUCCACUUGUUGUUAAAUGAACAAACAGCUUUUGAAAUUUGCAAAUUUAUUUCUUUGUUGACAAAAUUUCACUCAUCUUCUAUCUUAAUUAGUUUUGCUAACUUAUGCGAUUUGUCAAAAUUGUCAACUUGGGUGGGCGAUAAAAAAUUAGCUUUGAAGUUAUUGGCGGAAUUCUAUUGUUACGUUAAUGACUUACCCAAUGAAGAGGCUUCAGAUACCUACUAUUUAAUUGAAAAUGAUUUGUCUCUACCUAAACGAUAUGUUAAGGCGAUCUUACUUAAGUCAUUGUCUGAUUGUAAAUAGUUUAUUAAUAAAAGAUUA